AUGGAUAAAUAUGAAAUUAAUAGAAAAUUAAAGAUGGAUUUUUCGUUAAUGAAAAAUAAAAAGAUUCAUGUAAAUUCAAUUCUAUUAAAUAAUGAUAUAAAAUGUAAAAAUGAUUUAAAGAAAUUUAGCAUUCAUUAUGUAGACAGCAAAAAUAUUUCUGAUAAAAAAAAUAGAGAAAAAGAAGAAAAUUUGAAGGAGAUAUCUGAUACUAAUAAAAAUGAUCUUAGUAAUGUUCAAAUUAAAAAGAAGAGUACAAUAAAGGAUAAUUUACUAAAUAAUAAUUUAAAAAAUUAUUGUCUAAAAUAUAACAAAAUAAAAGAAAAUAUUUCUGUAAAUUCACAAGAAUCAAAUCAUAAUUUAAAUUCAACUUCUAGUAUAAUUACAAAUUUUAUAACGAAAAAAAUAAAUAACAAUAAAUUAAAUAAAGAAAUAGAAAUAUCUAUUAAUGAAAAAAGUGAAAAACAAAUUAAUGAAGAGUUAAAAAAUAAUUUUGAAACAAAUGAAAAAGAUAUAAAUAAAAAUAAAGUUAGAGAUGGAAUUGAAAAUCGUGCUUGCAGCGAAAAUAAAGAAAAGAUGUUUAAUGCUCAUAAAGAUAUCAACAGAAAUGACUUUUCUUUACAUUUUUUGAAAAAUACAUUAAAUGAAAAUAAUAAAAGGGAUCAUAAAAAAAUACAGAAUUUCUAUAUUGAAGAAAAUAACUUAGAGAAAAAAAAAAAAAUAAAAAUUCUUCAUAUAAAUGAGCAAAAUAAUUGUGAAAGUUUAGGAAAAAGUGAAAAUAAAAUUUUUCAUUCAAAUGAAAAAUUUGAAAAAAAGGUCAAUUCCCUUAUUCAAAGUGAUGAAAUUAAGAGUAAAGAAUUUUUUAAUUCUCUUGAUAAAGAUAGAGAAAGAAGUUUUUGUAAUCAGAAGGAAAAUGAUUUUUAUUAUGAAAAAGAAGAUAAUAAGGAUGAUAAAAAUAUUUUUGAGAAUUAUAAAUAUGAGAAAAUGAAUAAUACUUCUAUAUCUUCUGUUAAAUGCAAACAAGUUUAUAAAAGUUUAUUUUCACCUGUUAAAUAUAAAGAAUUAAAAAAAAAUAUAAAUGUUUUAGAACAUUUUAAGAAUGUUUUAAAUGAAAUAUGUGAACAUAAUAAGAAUGGAAGCAAUAGCAAAAAAGUUAAUAAUUUGAAAAGUAUAAAUGAAAUAUCUGAUAAGGAAAAUAAAAAUGGUAUAUGUACUUCAUUUAAAUGUAACCAGAAUAAUCAAAAGAAAAAUCAAAGUAAUUACUACUUAAUUAAUUCUAAUAAAAAAAAUAAAGAGGGCAUUAAUACUUUUAUAAAUAAUAAGGAAGAAGAUAAGAUAUAUAUUGAAGAUAAUAUAAAUGCUAAAAAAAAUGAAGUUUCAGUAAAUAUUUCACUUCAUACAAACAUGAACAAUAAAAAUUUAAAUGACAAUUUAGAGAAAAAUAAAUAUACAAAAAAAACAAGUUAUAAUAGCAUUUUAAAAAACAAUUUUAAUUUUAUGUUCAAUAAAAUGGAUAAUUAUUCAAAUGAUAGAGAUAAUGAUGAAACUAUUAUACAUGACGCUAAAAAUGGGUUAAAUAAUAAUUUAAAAUGUUACAUAAAACAAUAUAGUUACAACGAUAGUAAUAAAAAUGAAGACACAAAUAGUGACGAAAAUUUAACUAAUAAUUUAGAUUUUAAUGACAAUGUCGAUAAUAAUAAUAAUAAUUAUAGGAAAAAUAAUGAAAAUGUAAGCAGUUAUAUUAACAAUACAGAUAAAUACAUUAAUAAAGAUAACAAUUCCAAUGAAACAAUGAAGGAAUUCUUAAAUAAAAAUAAUAAAAGUUAUACUAUGAAUGAUAAUGAUACAAAUAUGAAAAAUGAAGACUUUAUAUUUGAAGGAAAUAAUAAUAUUGAGAAUAAAAAUAUGAGCACCUUAAAAGAAAGCAAAAAAAACAAUAUAAAAUUUUAUAGAGAUUAUAUGAAAGUUCAAAGUGAAAAAAAAAAAGAGCCAGUAUUCUUACAAAACAAUAAUAUAUGCUUUCAAAAUAAAAAUAAAAAGACAAAUGAAUUGAAAUUUGUAAAAAAUAAUAAGUGUAAAAAUUUUUUUUUUAAUAGAAAGUUUAAAAUAGAAGAUGCACAUAGUAUAAAAUUAAACUAUGAUAAUUUGAGCAAUAUACAAAAAACUGAAGACGAAAAAAUUAGAACUUUGUAUAAUAAGUUUUACAGAUGUUUAUUCUGCCUAGAUAAAAAUAUUGAAAAUAUAUGUUUAAAAAAAUAUGAUAUUUUGAAUUAUUGUAAAUUUUGUAAAAAAUUCUUAAAUCUACUAGUUGCACAUGGAACGAAAUAUAAAGGAAUAUUAAUAAAUAUUAAUUUUAUUAGUUCAGAUAUUCAAAACCUUAUAUUUACAUAUAAAUGUGACAAACAACAUUUAUUUAAUAUUUCGUUAUUUCAUAUUAUACAUAAUCUUUGGUGUCCUCAUGAUUUUUGUCUAUUUCAAUGUAGAGAUAAUUAUUCAAAAAAUUAUUCAGCUGAAUUUUUUCGUUUAAAAGAAUUAGAUACUAUGGAAAAACAAAAAAAAUUAUUUUUACAAGCGAAAAUAUUUUGUUUAAUUAAUUCAUAUGCUAUACCAUAUAGUAAUAAAAAUAUGAAUCCUGAAUAUUCUAAUGACAUUGAUAGAAUUAUAAAAAAUGCAAAUGAUCCAUGGGAAGUUCUUCAAAUAAAUAAAUAUUCAAAAAUAGAAUCACAUGAUAAAACACAACUAAUGAAAGAAGCAAAAAAAAAUUAUCGCAUGCUUGCAUUGAAAGUUCAUCCAGAUAAAAAUAAGAGUCACAAUGCAUCAUUAGCAAUGAAUAUUUUAACAAAUUCAAUGAAAACAAUAAUGUCUAUAUAA